AUGAAAGGAAGAGACAGGAUGAACAAAACCCGGAGCUCCCAACAAGGCUGGUUGGUUCGUUUUCACUUCCUAAUUCAUCAACAACAACAAACCCUCGUUCUACUCGAGUUUCAGCUGCCUUCGUACUUCCGGAGCAUCCAUAUUACUUUGACCAUGGGUGGCAAGUUGACUAAGGGCGAUGAAUCACCUAUGACUUCGGCACCUACAACAAAACUUGAAGCCAAAAUUCUGAAAACAAUGCGUAGCAGAGAAUCUCAAGGAACUUCCAUGAAAUCUUUCAAUACAAUAAUUCUAAAAUUCCCAAAAAUUGAUGCAAGCCUACGCAAGUGCAAAGCUAUAUUUGAACAAUUUGAUGAAGAUAAAAGUGGUUCGAUUGAUCCAAAGGAGCUGAAUCAUUGCUUUCGUGAGUUGAAAAUAGAUUUUACAGAUGAGGAAAUCAAAGAUAUUUUUGAGGAAUGUGAUAUAAACGAUGACAUGGGAAUAAACUUCAAGGAGUUCAUUGUGAUUCUGUGUCUUGUCUAUCUUUUGAAUAAAGAUCGAUCCAAUUCGCGUAUGGGGAUCCCGGAUCUAGAAACGGCUUUUGAAACUAUGGUCGACUCAUUUGUGUUCUUGGAUAAAAACAAGGAUGGUUAUGUUAGCAAAGACGAGAUGGUUGGUGCAAUAAAUGAGACUACUUCUGGGGAGCGAUCUUCUGGGCGCAUAGCCAUGAGAAGAUUCGAGGAAAUGGAUUGGGAUAAAAACGGAAUGGUUAACUUCAAGGAGUUCCUUUUCGCCUUCACUAAAUGGAUUGGGCUUGAAGAUGCUGAAGAUGAAGAAGACAUAAACGAGUGAGCAAGGAUCAAGAUUCGUUUAUGCACUUUGUUAAUAGCUUUUGAGCAUUAAAACUUGUUUUGUUUAUCUUUCAAGAACACAUUUUGAUUGUUGUAAUGUUUACUUCUUCGUUGUUUUUCUAGAAACCAUUCGCAUGAAACAUAAAGGAACUCAAAAUGUGCAAAAACCCUAGUAACAGGGCAUAACUAGAAUUACAAAACUACAAACCAAUAUGUAUAUAGAUAAAUAACAACUCUCAGUUCACCAAAACUCUCUCAUAAGAAACAAACACACACACACACACACACACACAAACAACGAAUAAAAUACAAGUUUUAAUGUCUUUUUUCACUACAAUAAAUACUCUCAAGAACACCAUUUGUUUCCUCC